AACCGUACGCUUUGUACACCUCUCGUGAGCGACUUUGGGGUUUUGCGCUCACGUCAAGUCCAAAAAGCUCCCACAGGUUAUUAUCCUCGCCUAGUAUUCGACCUUGAUCGCCCACAGGUCUAGCGUCAUGAACCAAGUCCAAGUCCACCCCGCCGAGGGCGUUGUUGUCCAGGAUGCGCACCAGCAGCACUACGAUCCGCAGUCAGUGCACAAGACAGGCGCCGGUCACUAUGUGACGUCUGAAAACGAGUCGCAUAGCGGUGCGCCAGCCAACGAAAUCUUGGAACGCGAUGCGCAGGCAAAAGGACGCUGGUUCCAGUAUAUCAAGACGAAGCAGUUCUGGCUAACGCUAGUGAUUGGGCAGGUCCUUGCCAUUUGUAUUACCUCGACAAACACUUUCUCUUCUUUGCUCUCGGCAGAGGGCACUUCGAUUCCCGCCUUCCAAACCUUCUUUAACUACGUCCUACUCAACAUCAUCUACACCUCGUAUACCCUGUACAAGUACGGUUUCAAAAAAUGGGCCCGUCUCGUCGUAAAAGAUGGGUGGCGCUUCUUCAUUCUGGCUUUCAUGGACGUCGAGGGUAACUACUUUGUUGUCCUGGCGUACCGCUAUACUACUAUUCUUAGUGCCCAGCUAAUCAACUUUUGGGCCAUCGCCGUCGUCGUCAUCAUCUCCUUCUUCUUCCUCAAAGUGCGCUACCACUAUACCCAAAUCUUCGGUAUUCUUCUCUGCAUCGGCGGCCUAGGCGUAAUCUUCGGCUCGGACCACAUCACGGGCAGCAACAACUUUGGCGCUACCGAUCAAGUCAAGGGCGACUUGUUUGCUCUCCUAGGCGCAACUUUCUACGGUCUCUCUAACGUGUUCGAGGAAUGGCUGGUUUCCGAACGGCCUCUGUACGAAGUCGUUGGCCAAUUGGCUUUCUGGGGCAUGUUCAUCAACGGCACACAGGCUGGCAUUUUCGACCGCGCUGCCUUUCGCACCGCCACAUGGAACGCAGAUGUCGCCGGUUACAUUGUGGGUUACACACUUAUCCUCUCCCUCUUUUACUCGCUAGCUCCAGUUCUGUUUCGCAUGAGUUCUGCCGCCUUUUUCAACAUUUCCCUGCUUACAGGGAGUUUCUGGGGCGUCGCUAUUGGGGUCAAAGUGUUUGGGCUCAAGAUACAUUGGAUGUACCCCAUUGCGUUCGUCUUGAUUAUAAUCGGUCAAGUCAUCUAUUUCCUGAGACAGAGCACCGUCGGCGAGGCGCUGAAGCCUUGGCUGGGAAAGAAUCAGGAGAGGGGACAUGCUGGGUUGGGAACGGCAAAGAGGAGGGUCGAGAGGCCUGAGGCUAUUGUUUGA